AUGACAGAGGUUGUGGGAUUCUGGGAGAGCGUGUCAGAUGACGAAUCAGAAGACAAAGACUGUAUGGAGGUGCAGAACACAGUGAGUGCCGACGAGAGCCCACUUGUGCAGAGCCUUGUAUCCUUUGUAGGCUCGUGCUCCAUCAACCUACUUUUGCCCUUCCUCAACGGCAUGAUGCUCGGCUUCGGCGAGCUAUUUGCUCACGAGCUCUGCUGGAGAUUCAAUUGGUUUAACCAUAGAAACAAGGGGUAUAAGGUGUACCCAGAGUCGCGCAAAAUAGCAGCAUUGAAAGAGAUUUCAAGCCCUGGCACCCGUGGGAGGGUUGCGUCCAAGUUCCUUUAA